AUGAGCUCAAGCAGCAGCAGCAGCGACAGCUCACAUCUUGUAUGUGGCCACGAGUUCACUGAUCUGGAGGUAAGAGCUGGUCGGGUGCUACCCCCCGUGGUGCUGGAGGGCCUUUUGGGAUCUGAUGACGAGGAGCAGGAAGACCCCACUGAUUACUGCAGGGGUGGUUACUACCCGGUGAAGAUUGGAGACCUGUUCAAUGGGCGAUACCAUGUGGUUCGAAAGCUGGGAUGGGGCCACUUCUCUACUGUCUGGCUCUGCUGGGAUAUCCAGCGGAAACGGUUCGUGGCUCUGAAGGUGGUGAAGAGUGCCGUCCAUUACACCGAGACUGCUUUGGAUGAGAUCAAGCUGCUGAAAUGUGUUCGAGACAGUGAUCCCAGUGACCCCAAGAGAGAGACUGUGGUGCAGCUCAUCGAUGACUUCAGAAUUUCAGGAAUCAAUGGUGUCCAUGUGUGCAUGGUGUUGGAGGUUCUGGGCCACCAGCUUCUUAAAUGGAUCAUCAAAUCCAACUACCAAGGCCUGCCCCUCCCCUGUGUGAAGAACAUCAUGCGACAGGUGCUGCAGGGCCUGGAUUACCUCCACACUAAAUGUAAGAUCAUCCAUACCGACAUUAAGCCGGAGAACAUUCUUCUGUGUGUGGGUGAGGUCUACAUCCGAAGGCUGGCAGCCGAGGCCACACUGUGGCAGCAGUCGGGGGCCCCACCUAUCUCUGGCAACACUGUGAGCUCUGCACCCCAGCAGAUCAUGAAUGGGAAGCUCUCCAAGAACAAGAGGAAGAAGAUGAGGCGCAAGCAGAAACGGCAGAAACAGCUCCUGGAGGAGCGCCUUCGGGACCUUCAGCGCCUGGAGGACCUGGAGGGGGAGAGGGGUCUGGAAGGCCUGCUGGAUCCACUGCCCCAGCCCCCUGACAUUGACUCAGAUGAAGCUUCGGGGGCCACAUAUGCCAACUCACAGCUGGGCGACAGCAAUGGGACCACCCUGACCGAGGCCUCGGGGGGCAGCCUGGCAUGCAGCCCUCAGAGCCUGACCUCCUCUUCAGGCUGUCACCCCUGGGGAGGUGGCGGGGCCUCCCCAGCCUCCUCCUCACCGCCUCGGGGACAGCGCACAAGCAACAGGGGCUUUAGCCCAGACUCCCAGACCUCUGGAUUUUCGGGGUCCCUCUUCUCCCCGGCCUCGGGCUCCACCCUGUCGGGCUUCUCCAACCGUCAGGAGAAGGGGGGACUUUUCUCCCUCAGCAACAGAACGUUAAAUGCCACAGACUUCCUGGUGAACCCCCUGGAACCCCAGAACGCAGACAAAAUCAAGAUUAAAAUUGCUGAUCUUGGCAACGCCUGCUGGGUGCACAAGCACUUUACUGAGGACAUUCAGACCCGACAGUACCGGGCGAUCGAGGUGCUCAUCGGGGCUGAAUACGGCCCUUCGGCGGACAUCUGGAGCACGGCCUGCAUGGCUUUUGAGCUGGCCACAGGGGACUAUCUGUUUGAGCCCCACUCUGGGGAAUCCUAUACUCGAGAUGAAGAUCACAUUGCUCACAUCGUGGAACUCCUUGGAGACAUCCCACCGGCUUUUGCCCUCUCUGGCCGCUAUUCACGAGAAUACUUCACUAGACGAGGGGAGCUCCGUCACAUUAAGAAUCUCAAGCACUGGGGUCUAUAUGAAGUACUCAUGGAGAAGUACGAGUGGUCCCUGGAACAGGCAACCCAAUUCACAGAUUUCCUGCUGCCCAUGAUGGAGUACAUCCCCGAGAGGCGGGCCACCGCCGCUCAAUGCCUCCAGCACCCCUGGCUUAAUUCCUAAACUCCAGGCUCUCCUGUUCUCCCUGCCCUAGUUUGCUGUGGUAGAGGGUGGCCUGCUUUUUUAAUGUGCCUUGGUACUGUGCCAGACAGGGGAGGAGGCUGGCUCUUAAGUGUCUUCGGCCCAUCCUGAAGCACCAGGCCUGCACAGUUGGCGCUUGUGCAGCUGGGGAAGGCUUCCAAAGCUAACCCCACCCCCCCGUCUCCCAGAACCUUGGUGCAUCCUCCCUUCAGGCCCAUAACUAGUGUGCGAGGUUGUGCAGGGCGGUUUAGCCAGCAGUGUUUCUGGAGAAGGAUUUAGUUGUUUUCCACCCUGUUUUGCAGUCUUUCCCUCUGUUCUGAUCCCAUCUUUUUGCUCAGGUUAAAAAGAAAAAAAAAAACAAUAAAAUCAUUUUUCUUAUUGAG